AGUGGCUAGGAGGAUUUGAAAGGCAUUAUGGAAUUAAGAUUUCCCAGGUUUAGCCAAGGCUUAGCUCAGGACCCCACUACUCGUCGUAUUUGGUUUGGUAUUGCUACCGCACAUGAUUUCGAAAGUCAUGAUGAUAUUACUGAGGAACGUCUUUAUCAGAACAUUUUUGCUUCUCACUUUGGGCAGUUAGCAAUAAUCUUUCUAUGGACGUCCGGAAAUCUGUUUCAUGUAGCUUGGCAAGGAAAUUUUGAAUCAUGGAUACAGGAUCCUUUACACGUAAGACCUAUUGCUCAUGCCAUUUGGGAUCCUCAUUUUGGGCAACCCGCUGUGGAAGCCUUUACUCGAGGAGGUGCUGCCGGUCCAGUGAAUAUCGCUUAUUCUGGGGUUUAUCAGUGGUGGUAUACAAUUGGAUUGCGCACCAAUGAAGAUCUUUAUACUGGAGCUCUUUUUCUAUUAUUUCUUUCUACGCUAUCCUUAAUAGGGGGUUGGUUACAUCUACAACCCAAAUGGAAGCCAAGCCUUUCGUGGUUCAAAAACGCCGAAUCUCGUCUGAAUCAUCAUUUGUCAGGACUUUUCGGAGUAAGUUCUUUGGCUUGGACAGGACAUUUAGUUCAUGUUGCUAUUCCCGGAUCCAGGGGGGAGUACGUUCGAUGGAAUAAUUUCUUAGAUGUAUUACCCUAUCCCCAGGGGUUGGGUCCCCUUCUGACGGGUCAGUGGAAUCUUUAUGCCCAAAAUCCUGAUUCGAGUAAUCAUUUAUUUGGUACCACUCAAGGAGCGGGAACUGCCAUUCUGACCCUUCUUGGGGGAUUCCAUCCACAAACACAAAGUUUGUGGCUGACCGAUAUUGCUCAUCAUCAUUUAGCUAUUGCAUUUAUUUUUCUCAUUGCCGGUCAUAUGUAUCGAACUAACUUCGGAAUUGGGCACAGUAUCAAAGAUCUUUUAGAAGCACAUACUCCUCCGGGGGGUCGAUUAGGACGUGGGCAUAAAGGCCUUUAUGAUACAAUCAAUAAUUCGAUUCAUUUUCAAUUAGGCCUUGCUCUAGCUUCCUUAGGGGUUAUUACUUCCUUAGUAGCUCAACAUAUGUACUCUUUACCUGCUUAUGCAUUCAUAGCACAAGACUUUACUACUCAAGCUGCUUUAUAUACUCAUCACCAAUACAUUGCAGGGUUCAUCAUGACAGGGGCUUUUGCUCAUGGAGCUAUUUUUUUCAUUAGGGAUUACAAUCCGGAACAGAAUGAAGAUAAUGUAUUGGCAAGAAUGUUAGACCAUAAGGAAGCUAUCAUAUCUCAUUUAAGUUGGGCUAGCCUCUUCCUAGGAUUCCAUACCUUGGGCCUUUAUGUUCAUAACGACGUUAUGCUUGCUUUUGGUACUCCAGAAAAGCAAAUCUUGAUUGAACCUAUAUUUGCCCAAUGGAUACAAUCUGCUCAUGGUAAGACGACAUAUGGGUUCGAUAUACUCUUAUCUUCAACGAAUGGCCCCGCUUUCAAUGCAGGUCGAAACAUAUGGUUGCCCGGAUGGUUGAAUGCUGUUAAUGAGAAUAGUAAUUCGCUUUUCUUAACAAUAGGACCUGGGGAUUUCUUGGUUCAUCAUGCUAUUGCUCUAGGUUUGCAUACAACUACAUUGAUUUUAGUAAAGGGUGCUUUAGAUGCACGCGGUUCCAAAUUAAUGCCGGAUAAAAAGGAUUUCGGGUAUAGUUUUCCUUGCGACGGCCCAGGGCGCGGCGGUACUUGUGAUAUUUCUGCUUGGGACGCGUUUUAUUUGGCAGUUUUCUGGAUGUUAAAUACCAUUGGAUGGGUUACUUUUUAUUGGCAUUGGAAACACAUUACAUUAUGGCAGGGCAACGUUUCACAAUUUAAUGAAUCCUCCACUUAUUUGAUGGGAUGGUUAAGAGAUUACCUAUGGUUAAACUCUUCACAACUUAUUAAUGGAUAUAAUCCUUUUGGGAUGAAUAGUUUAUCAGUAUGGGCUUGGAUGUUCUUAUUUGGACAUCUUGUUUGGGCUACAGGAUUUAUGUUCUUAAUUUCCUGGCGUGGAUAUUGGCAGGAAUUAAUUGAGACUUUAGCAUGGGCUCAUGAACGGACACCUUUGGCUAAUUUAAUUCGCUGGAGAGAUAAGCCCGUGGCUCUUUCCAUUGUGCAAGCAAGAUUGGUCGGAUUAGCCCACUUUUCCGUGGGUUAUAUAUUCACUUAUGCAGCUUUCUUGAUUGCCUCAACAUCAGGCAAGUUUGGUUAAUUUAGUUAUUUUUUUUUGUACUGUAUCAGAACCCAGUUCAUUACUCUUGAUGGAGAGGGAGGAUCCGCCUUUUUAGAUUUUUGCUAUUUAUUUUUCUAUCUAGGAUUAGAACCAUAUACUUGGUAAUAAUAGGAACGGCACAUUAUGGCAAAAAAAAGUUUGAUUCAGAGGGAGAAGAAGCGGCAGAAAUUAGAACAAAAAUAUCAUUUGAUUCGUCGAUCCUCAAAAAAAAGAUAAGAAGCAAAGUUUCCCCUUUGAGUUUGAGCGAAAAAACAAAAAUGCAAGAAAAAUUGCAAUCCCUACCACGUAAUAGUGCACCUACACGCCUUCAUCGACGUUGUUUUUUAACCGGAAGACCUAGAGCUAACUAUCGAGACUUUGGGCUAUCCGGACACAUACUUCGAGAAAUGGUUUAUGCAUGUUUGUUACCGGGUGCAACAAGAUCCAGUUGGUAAGGAUAAAAUACCCUUUCUUUCAUAUUUGUAUGGUUUUCUCGAAUUGAUGAUCGUAGAAGAGCCCUCUUUACCAUUCUGUAUAAAUGGACUAUUCUAUUUGUAUAGAUAUGGUAGAGGGGCCUAUCCAACCCACUAGUUUCCCGCUAAGAAGGUGGAGCAGUUUGGUAGCUCACAAAGCUCAUAACCUUGGGGUUACGGGUUCGAUACUGACUACCUGCUCCAUAUUCCUUCUUUAUGAUAUAUGUAUCAUCCAUUUGUAUAUGGUAUAUGGAUUUGUUUUUCUUUCCUAAAAGAGUUUCGGUCUAACAGUUUUUUAUUAUUUCUCUGAAAUAUAAAAAAGAAAGAA